UCGUUGACGUCACUUCCUGUCUCGUAUUAGCGGCUUAGGCGCCGCUUUUACUGCUCCAGGCGUGGAUAUAGCGGGAGUUGUGACUGGACCCUGCACAGAGAGGUUCUCGCCUGGGGAACCGGAGAGGACACAGACGCUAGAAACAUGCCGAGAGAAGAUGGGAAGCCCGUGGCUGUUGUGGCCGUCGCGACUGAACCUCGGUUUACCCAGCGCUACAGGGAAUACCUCGAGAAACAAAAGCUCUUGGAUAGGCGGCACCGUGUAGAAAAGAUGCCGGAUGGCACCGUGGCGCUCCCGGUGCUGGGGGAGACCCUCCCCGAGCAGCACCUGCGGGAGCUGACCGAUCGCGUGGCCCCAGGCAGCACCUGUGUGCUGACGCAACUCCUGCAGCCUGUUCCUUCAAAGAAGACCCGGAGUCGUGCACCUGCCCAGAGACUGUGCCUUCAGGUGAGGCGGUGGGUGGAGGCCCGGGGAGUGGCGUGGUCCGCGGAGUUGGAGGCAGAUUUGCCCCGAUCCUGGCAAAGGCAUGGCGACCUCUUGUUGCUGAGUGAAGAAUGUUUUCAGGCCAAGCAGUGGGGAAAUCUAGAACCAGAACUCUGGGACACCGUUGCCUCGGCGCUUGGCGUCCAGCGUUUGGCCAAACGAGGGCGGGUAUUACCCGACGGCACUCGGACUCCUGCAGUGACCCUGCUGCUGGGUGACCAUGGCUGGGUAGAGCAUGUGGACAAUGGUAUCCGAUAUAAGUUUGACGUGACUCGCUGCAUGUUCUCUUUCGGAAACAUCACGGAGAAGCUGCGCGUGGCAUCGCUGUCCUGCGCUGGAGAAGUGUUGGUGGAUCUCUAUGCAGGGAUUGGUUAUUUUACAUUGCCCUUCCUCGUUCAUGCUGGCGCCGCCUUUGUCCAUGCCUGUGAGUGGAACCCCCAUGCUGUGGCUGCUCUGAGAAAGAACCUGGAGAUCAACGGAGUGGCAGAUCGCUGCCAGAUACACUUUGGGGAUAACAGAGUGCUGAAGCUUUCGAACGUUGCAGAUAGGGUGAACCUGGGGCUGAUUCCCAGCUCUGAAGAAGGCUGGCCCAUUGCCUGCAGAGUCCUACGACAGGACGCUGGAGGCAUUUUGCAUAUCCACCAGAAUGUGGACUCCUUCCCAGGGAAGCGUCUCCAGCCUCCUGGAAGCAGUGAAAUGGAGAAAGAGCAUUGCCCUUACACUCAGCAAAUUAUCACCAACCAAGAGGAAAAUGGAGCUACCAGGGAUUCUGGGAGAAAAGUGCUGUCACCAGCCACCAAGCCGGAAUGGCAGAGGUGGGCACAAUCUACAGAAACUCGAAUUGCCACUCUUCUUCAGCAGGUGCACGGGAAACCAUGGACGACACAGAUCCUGCGCAUCCAGCCAGUGAAAUCCUAUGCUCCCCACGUGGAUCACGUAGUCCUGGAUCUGGAAUGCCGUCCUGUCCUCUAGUUGGCUAGAGGAGGUAGUUCCAGGAUACAAGGAUCCUGGGAUGAGUGAACACUGUGUCAGCUCCCACUGAGUGUCUACCUGUUUCCUGUCCUGGAGAUCUAUUUUAGUAUUUUAUGGCCCUGAAAGUGGCUCUAGUCUAAUUCAAAUCAGUUACUUUGCCUUCCAUUGAUCACACUGAGAAUGAGCUACACACCUGGGAAAAGCAGCAUGUCUCAUUGAAGUGAGACCCAUAUAUGCAGUCAUGAAGUAUGAAUUCUGACUUCAGUUCUGACCUGCGGUACAUGUUUCACUAUUCAUUUGGCCUUGAAUUUCCUUAUUUGCAAAAUGAGGGUAUCUCUGAACUGUCUCAAAUGUCUGUUUUAAAAAAGAGUUGUACACAAAUGAAAGACAUGAUAGUGUUUCCAAAGUCAUUCCAACUACAGUAUGGGAAUCACCUGGAGGAAGGCCAAGUUGGAAAUAGGGAGAUGGGUGAGGAGGCUUCUGUGGUUGUAUAGGCACAAGGUGAUGACGUCCUGGGUUAGGGUGCUGUCAUUGGGAGGUGGAUGGAUUUGGAAAAGAAAGUUGACAGGACCAAACUAUGGAAUCCAAAUAAGGCAUUCACAUGCUUCUCCUUUCACUGUGACUCAAGGAGGGAAGGAGACAAAAGUCACUCUGCUGUAUCAACUUCAUUCCUCUGUUAGCAUUCCUAAAUGAGUAUGAGGAGAUGUUUUAUGUAUUAAGUUGAUUGUAGUAGGAAAAGAGUUAAACCAUAGAGAAUAUACAUUUUUAGCCCUAAGCUCGUGCAGUAACUUCUGAUUACUAGCUAUCUUUAAAAUUCUGAUUAAAAUGUUACACUUUUAUAGGCUUGAGACUCCCAAUUCAUCUAACGUCCCUGGCCAACAACAUCAGGGACAUUUGCUAUACGGAAUGUGAGAUAUGCUGCAGAUUCUUGUGAACCUUGCCUUAUUUUAUGGCUGUCAGCCGUCACCAUGGUUUGCCAUUUGGCUAACUCAUUAACUGUUUUGAUGCGUUUUGAAGCCAUCUGGGUGUGUUGCUUGAUGAAGGAGAUAUAGAAGUGUGCCUGUGUUGGGAUUCCGAGUGUAUCUGAAAUGUGGCUAGCUGAACUAGGGCAGAGCUGCUUGUCUUUCUCUUGCAAUAGCGGCAGAUAAGGACGGGGUUGGUGCUGUUUGUGUUAUCCAGCAAAUGUUAACUGCCUACUAUAUAGGAGUCACAGGAAAUACAAAUACCCAUUAGAUAAAGCUCCAGCCCCUGAGGAUUUCAUUACUACCAGCAGAAAUUGCACAAAUGCUCAAAGACUUAAGAUUACAAUAAGAUGAAUGCCAUAUGUGUGACAGUGUAUCGUAGGGCUGCAGUGGUGGGAAAGAAGAGUUGAGAAUUGCAUGAGAGUGUCUUCCUGGAGGCACUGUUUAGAUGUCUCUUGGAAACUGGGUAAGAUUUUUUCUUAAAGAUUUAUUUAUUUAUUUGAAUGAGUUACACAGAGAGAGAAGAGGCAGAGAGAGAGAAAGAGGUCUUCCAUCCACUGGUUCACUCCCCAAUUGGCCACAACUGGAGCUGUGCUGAUCUGAAGCCAGGAGCCAGAGCUUCUUCCAGGUCUCCCACGUGGGUGCAGGGGCCCAAGCACUUGGGCCAUCUUCUACUGCUCUCCCAGGACAUAGCAGAGAGCCGGAUCGGAAGUGGAGCAGCCAGUACCCGAACUGGCGCCCAUAUGGGAUGCCCAGCGUUUCAGGCCAGGGCAUUGACCUGUUGUGCCACAGCACUGGCCCCCUGGUCCCUUCAGAUGCUUCAGGCCCUGAACAUGCAGUGGUAGAAGACUGACAUGGGCUCUGCCUUCGUGGAAUUUAAAAGUUCUGCUCAUUCAACUCUUGGGCUCAACUUUCUGUGUGACCUAAGG